CGAAAAUCAAGGCAAACAUACUUGGUAUCCUAGAGAACAGUGGGACUCCUUUGAACCAAUGUUACUGGCUGAAGGAGCGUUCGCAGCAGGAAUGAUUUUCAGUUUUUUGAAGCUGGUCCACAUAUUCAGUGUGAACCCCCAUUUGGGACCAUUACAAAUAUCCCUAGGUCGCAUGAUAAUAGACAUAGUCAAAUUCUUCUUCAUUUAUUCUUUGGUACUGUUCGCAUUUGGUUGUGGUCUCAAUCAGCUAUUAUGGUAUUAUGCCGAGCUCGAGAAAAAUAAGUGUUUUCAUUUACCAUCUGGGUUACCAGAUUUCGAAGGUCAGGAUAAAUCUUGUACCAUCUGGAGAAGGUAUUCCAACUUGUUCGAGACGUCUCAAUCGCUUUUCUGGGCAAGUUUCGGCCUAAUAGACUUGGUGUCUUUUGAACUGGCAGGGAUAAAGGGAUUCACGAGAUUCUGGGCCUUACUGAUGUUCGGAUCAUACAGCGUGAUCAAUAUAAUCGUGCUACUGAAUAUGUUGAUCGCCAUGAUGUCAAAUUCCUAUCAAAUCAUAUCAGAAAGGUCAGACACAGAAUGGAAAUUCGCGCGUAGCAGACUUUGGGUGAACUAUUUUGACGACGGAGACACUCUGCCACCACCUUUCAACAUCUUACCAACUCCCAAAAUUUUUUUGAGAUCAUUAGGAUGCAGUUCUCAAAACAAAAACACCAUGAGUUUCAAGAAUAAAUCGAGAGAACAGGCUACUGCAAAACACGAAAUGGUUAUGAAACUUUUGGUGAGAAGAUAUGUGACGGCAGAACAAAGAAAAAGAGAUGAUUAUGGAAUCACCGAAGACGAUGUCAUGGAAAUAAGACAAGAUAUAUCUAGCCUGAGAUACGAACUCAUAGAUAUCCUCAGGAAGAAUGGAAUGAGAACGCCGGAAAUAGAUUUCAAAGAUGUUCAAGUUUCGGGAAAGAAAGGCAAAGUGAUGGAACGCCGCCUACUGAAGGACUUCCACAUCGGCAUGGUGGAAGGGCUGGUGCAAGAGAUGUCUCUGACCCCUAACGAGCCAAAGAACGUGUUUGGCCAGAUCGCGAAGGUCAUCGGCAGGCGGACGACCUUCAAGCCCAAGAAGAAGGACUGGAACGCGUUGGUCAAGCGCAACUCGGUGACCAGCAACCCCAUCGGGUCUGCGCAGGAGCUGGAGUCGUUGAGGUUCAAAAGGCAGAGCUUGCGGAAGCACAUCCUGCUGAAUGUCAAGGACAACGUACUGCUCGAGGACGAGAAGUUGAUAGAGUAUAAUCCCAAACUUUCUGAGGUACCUAGGGGUGCUAGAUUAGCAUACGCGAAAUUCAUGAGUAAGAAGAUUGAGGUAGAUUAUAACCAAGAAACGGAUAAAAAAGAAGAUAUGGAGAUUUCCAGACAAAAUGUUAACGAAUCCAGAAGCAAAGACAGCGUGAAAAGUAAAUCGUCCGUAUCUUUCAUAGAUUCCACUGAUGUUCUCAUCCAGUCCCAUCUGAGUCGUCGGGAUUCUCAAAAUCGGGACUGCCAAUCGUCCACCGAGGACAGAUUUACGACGCAGCAUGAUACUCAUGAAAACUGUCUGUCUCCAUUGCUAGAAAUCGAUAAAACACCCUCGAACUCUCGUUCUCCCACUCCAAUAGGCCACCGCUUCGACCCCCCACAAAGUCCAACAGACGAUGCAGACCCGAACCCGAUCGACCAGAACCCGGACUCCGAACCUCCCGGCUCAAGCUCGCAAUCCUCUACUGAAGAUAACAAAACCGAACGCUCUCAAUCAAGCUCUCAAUCGGUUCGGAAAAAUGACAGCGUUUCCAUCGAUAUCUCGAUGAGCGUCAACGAGAAAAAUAACGAGGAAAGCGGGAAAAUUGACGUGGAGCAUUUGUCACCUGCGGAAAUUGGCGGGGAGAAGAGUCCUUCACCAUCGAACAGAUCCAAGUUGACUGGAAAAGCCAGGACUGGUUGGAUAUAGGGCGAAAAGCAGGAUUUUGAUGCGAAGAAAAGCGGUAUUUUUAGCAAUCGCAAUUUCAUUGAUCUCAAAACCUAACUUUAUUUACUUCACGUUUGGCGGAAGGUAUUUAUGAUUGCUCAAGCGAUAUUCAAACAAACAAAAUGUGUUCUGAAUUCCUGGUUUUGAAUGCUCGUUAUGGUUCACUUUUGUACAACUUUCCAUGAAAAUCAAUCACGCAUUUUUCAGAAAAUUGCAUGUAUAAGCGGGCGACCGAAAACCUUCGAGUAGCUGGAGGUACAAAUUUGGCAUUUAGGUAGAUUAGAGCAUCGUAUCUAACAAUUACUGACAAAAAACACACCUUAUAAGCCAUAGCACAAUUGAAAUAAGUAUGGACUCUGAUCAUUAUUUAUUCAAAUUCAAAAUGUAACGUCAGUGACUGUCAACUAAUCGUUUUCUAAAAAGAUGCACCAAAUGUUUUUUGAUUUUAUUUCUUAUCUAGAUUUUUUAUGAAUACAGUAAACAGACAAAAUUAUUCGAAAUAAAAAAUGAAUGCUCAGUUGUCAAGUAAUAGAAAAUUAUUAGAUGUAUCCAAGAUGUAUCAUUAAAUGUGGCAGUAAAUUUCACUAAAAUGAAUGUCAGUGUUUUGCCACAUAUUUCAACACCGCAUGUUUUUUUGAAGUGUGCUGAGGAAGAAAUUGAAAUCAUUAUCAGAGCCUACUCAUAGUAUCUGAUGACUCAUUUGCUGUUUGGUUUUUCAAUAUCGGAUAUUUAAUAGCUGCGCUUAUGGCUUGGGGCGUUUUAUACCAGUCAGUUUGAAUAAGUAAUUUUUAAAUCAAUUCUGAUACCCAUGAGCAUCACACCAGACAAAGUGAACAUUUGAAAACUGUCAAAAUAAAAACACAAUUCGGGAAAAAAUCAUUGAAUUUUUGUGGAAUAAAUAUUUAUAAUAGUCUACCCAACAGAAUAAAAUCUUCCAGGUUUGUUACAAAAUUUGAGUGUGAACUGAAGAAAUAUAUUUUAUCAAUUUAACUCCCUCCUUGUAUCAAUGAAUUCUGAUUGAACUUCUUAUCUUUCAUUGUAUUGCAUAUUUGAUAUAUUUAUUAUAUUUUAUUUUGUUUCCCUCUAUAAACAUUGUAUGUUUCUUGGGAUCAAUAAAUGUUAUUAUUAUUAUCAUUA